GCAUUUGUAACGGAAUUUCUUAGUUUCGUUGUGCUUUUUAAUUUUCUGAGCAAUGUGUUGAAUAAUAAUUGAUCGAACGUUAAAUCAAUGUUGUUUCUUUGAGUUUCUCCAGGAGUCACAAUUGUUAUUUGUCAAGAAAUCUUUCUUCCAGCCAGAAAAAUGAUAUCAUCGAGGGUGAAACAACCAGCGUCAACACGCAAGCCAACGGCGCGUCAAAGAUUCCAGAAUUCUGCAUCCAAAGAACCGGUACAAGUGUAUUGCCGUUUAAGGCCUAUGCAACAUUGUACAGAUGUUUCAUGUAUGAGACUUAUCUCUGAUAUGACUGUAGCUAUUACUCCUCCAGAGUCAGCCACUAACUUUCGGAGUGGUGUUGCAAAGGAGAUACAAACAACAUUUAGCAGGAUCUUCACUGCCGAUGUUUCUCAAAGAGAAGUAUUUAAUGUAGUUGCUCUUCCUCUGGUAGAAAAUUUAAUCCAGGGAAGGAAUGGUCUACUGUUUGCUUAUGGUGUCACUGGCAGUGGCAAAACAUAUACAAUGAUGGGAGAUGCACGGGAUGGUGGAAUAAUGCCUCGAUGUCUUGACGUUUUGUUCAAUAGCAUUGCUAAUUAUCAGGCUAAAAAAUUUGUAUUCAAGCCAGACAAACUCAAUGGUUUCGAUGUGCAAAGUGACGCAGAUGCUAUGUUAGAUCGUCAAACUGAAUUGCAUACUGGUCUUAUGAAUCAACGUAAUGGGAAGAAUGGCAAAGUAUGUAAACAUGACAGUGAUGGAGAAAGCAUUACUCCCAUUAGAGAAACUGACGAGUCAUGUAUUCUCUCAGUAGAUCAGGACAACGUAUAUGCUGUGUUUGUUACAUAUGUGGAAAUUUAUAAUAACAGUGUAUACGAUCUCCUGGAUGAUGAGGAUGUCAGAUCAAAGCCUCUGCAGAGUAAAAUUGUCCGUGAGGAUGGAUACAAAAACAUGUAUGUCCACGCUGUAACAGAAACUGAGGUUAAAAGUGCUGAUGAAGCUUUCGAUGUGUUUUAUCGGGGACAAAGAAGACGUCGUGUUGCUCACACAGCACUGAAUACUGAAUCAAGCCGAUCGCAUAGUGUCUUUACUGUACGACUCGUUCAGGCUCCACUGGAUUUGCAAGGCGAGCAGGUCGUUCAAGAUAAACGUGUCGUCUGUAUAAGUCAACUGUCCCUAGUUGAUUUGGCUGGGAGUGAACGUACAAAUCGUACAAAGAAUACAGGACAGCGUCUUCGCGAAGCAGGAAACAUUAAUAAUUCCCUCAUGACACUUCGAUCCUGCUUAGAGAUCCUAAGAGAGAAUCAAUCUCAGGGUACUAAUAAGAUCGUGCCCUAUCGGGACUCAAAGUUGACUCAUUUGUUCAAAAAUUACUUUGAUGGCGAGGGUCAGGUCAGGAUGAUUGUCUGUGCUAAUCCAAGAACCGACGACUACGAUGAGACGAUUCAAGUUAUGAAAUUCGCAGAGAUGACCCAAGAAGUACAAAUAGCGAAGCCUUCCGCACCAAAAAUGGAUUUGGGUUACACACCUGGUCGAAGACAGGCCAAUAGAAUAUUCAAGGAAGCUCGUGCCAGGCUUGAAAAACAUGGCCAACCGGAUGCUGCUGAUCUCGACGUUGACUUAGGUUUAGUCUACAGUCUUGGUGGACCGUUCCCAGAGUUGGAACUCAAUGGACCACAUAAUGAUCAAGUCAUUACGAGGUUGAUGCGUUUUUUGGAACAACGCAUCGAAAAGAGAAAUAUUUUGCGUGCCAAUUUGCAAAAAAAACAGGAUGAGUUCAGGAAGAUGCUCGUUACUGCAGAACAGGAACUUAUGUCACGUAAAAUUGAAAAUGCAUCUCUAAACGCUGCCAAUGCGCAAGAGAAAAAGAAGGUAACAGCUCUAGAGGCUCACUUAUGCAAAACGGAAUCUCAGGUAGAUAGUCUCCUUCGAAAGUUGAAUGGGGCUAACGAAACGAUUAAAAGUCUCCAGCGAGAACUAAAGGAUAAAGAUAUGUUUUUGAAUCAACGUAUGGUCGAGAAGCAACGAACGAAACAAAAGUACAAUACCAAAAUACAAGAAGAGACUGAUAAGAUAUACAGAGAACUUCAAAUGAAACAUCGUCAGGAACAACAAUAUCUUCAGAAUAAGAUGAAGGACAAGGAAAAUAAAUUAAAACUUGUUAAGAAAAUCUUGAUAGACGAUGAAGGAAGCACACAAUUAACGGCUGUACCCAGGAGUUCACCACCACCCUCUACUACGAGUGACACCGGUGAUAUGGUCAGUUGCCGGACUCCUGCUGGUCCAGAUGCCCGUUCCAGGAGGGACAAAGUUUCUGUAGCAAAUUCAAGACAUAGGCGAUCGCAAAGUGCAGACAGGUGGGUGGAUCAUCGCCCUGGCACCCUUGUGCCUGUGGGAACUAUACUGCAACCUCUCAUGCACCGGAGACGUAGUGUGUCACGUCUCAAUGAUCCUAAAGAAAUCACUGACGGAGUAUCCAGAUAUUGCUUAAUAGCUCAAGAACAAGACACCGAUGGUGAACUUGAGACUAAGCUAUACAAGGGUAACAUUAUGCCUACAAGUGGUGGAGGCGCCCAGGUAGUUUUUAAUGAUGUCGAGUGUCUGAAGCAAAUGUCUCCCACUGCUAGCAGAAAAAGAAGUGGCCACAAUAAUAGUAAAUCUGGAGCACAGCGAGACAAUUCUCCAGUUGACGAAAUAUAUUCAAAGAAACCUCGAGUUUGAAGACACUAGGAUAAUAUUCUUUGCAACGUAUUUUACGUUUUUAUUUAUUUAUUUCACGUAUUCCAGUCUGCCCUUGUUAUUAUUACCGUUUAUGAUCAAUCGUACAUUGCGGUAUAUUCUAAAUGAGUUGUCUACAAACUUUCCGCCUACGCGGAUUUUUGGGCGGUACGUGUGCUGUCAUUUUUAAAUGAAUUCUAUGAAUUUUUGACAAGUCUCAUCUGUGUACUGAGUAAUGGUGAGUGUUCAAGUGUCGUUUCAAUAAAAAAAUUAAUCCCAUUCCAAAGACACAGAUAAAUGAUUUUAGAGCACUGCUAUAUAGAAUUCUGCAAAAAUAUAUUUACACACUCACCAUGAAAAUGAUGGAUGCUGACUGCAAAAAUAAUGUAAAAUCAGUGCGAAUAAAUAAUGCAGUAUUAUUAUUAUGUUUGCAUUAUACUUAAGGUAUUUCUGAAAUAGUCGACGAAUUACACUUAAUUAGAUGAGACUGAAGAACAAACUGUCACCUCAUUUAUUUACUACAUUUAUACAUUAUCAAGUGUCCUUACUUUUGUAUUUCAUACUUUUUUAUUUCCUUUACAAAAACCAAAUGUUUUUAAAAUAGCUUGUCAAGUUGUGUCACGCUAAAAAACUGUUUUCUCUGCACUACAAAAAUAAAUGCAGCAGAUGCUGGAUGAAUAGAAAGAUCUGUGAAUGGAGUGGUAUGACUAAAAAAAAUCAAACCCUACAUUUAACAAAUUCUUAUGUCAAACCAUUUUUACUACUCAAGAUUCUGGUUUUCCUAGUUUUCAGAAAAGUGACUAGUCCAAUGAUAAUGUGAAAGAUCCCUAAAUCAU